AUGUCGUCAAGUCCGAGUGACUGCACGUAUCUACAGGAAAAAUUGGACGAGUACAUGCCUGGAUCGCCAAUUUUUGUCGCUCCGCCCGCCUACGAGCAUGUGCCGAAAAGUAUCUUCGUCGGUGGACUUUCGCCUGAGACUAGCGAGGAGGAUCUUCACAAAGCCUUCCUCGAUUGUGGAGAAAUCAGGAAAGUAAAGAUCAUUCGUGAGCAAGACGGAACAUCCAAGGGUUUUGGAUUCGUCGAGUUUUUGCUAAUGACAAGCACGGAGGCCGCCCAUAGUUUGAGGGCUCGAGAUCAAAUUCCUGAAAUCAAAGGACGUCAAGUGAAGAUUGGAGACGCGUUUCACCGAGUCUACACUUAUCCGAAAGCUGAUGAUUACAAAGUUGCGACGAAAGGGAAGAUCGUGUCAAACGAGGGAUACAAGUACUUCUUUCCGGCUCCACACCCCUACAUGCUGAUGGGACUUCCGUCACCAAGCGCAUUUGUUGUUAGCGACCCGAGCUCCCAGAAGACACCAGCAGAACAGCAGAAUGCAUGGAGAAGCAGAAGUGACUUCACGAAUGCUUUCCCAUUGUUGCCGACGAAGAAUUUCAAUCAACAUCAACCGCCGACACCCAUCACAGCUCAGAAUAACAACGGGUCAAGUGUAUUCGAUUAUGGACAAUCAAUGGCUAUGAAGAAUUAUGAUUAUGCUUCGUUGGCGGCUUAUCAACAUUAUUUGGCAGCAACAUCGGCACAACACUCUGGCCUUUAUCCCCCUGCUCACUACUUCUCAUCAUCGCAAUUAGAAGAGAUGCGACGCCGCGCUGGAUAUCAGCACAUGCCCAACUACGACUACCCAGCCAACAACAACUCGUCUAUGGGACGGCUCACCGACAAGUACGCGCGCAUGGGAUUGAGCAACUCCUCAAACACUAGAAUCUCCUAUUCGGCCAAGGUGAGCGGCUUUGGUACGCAUCGCAAUGAGCGUCACAAAAGUCCAGCUGAUGGAGAUUAUGCACACUCAGCGAAGCAUGGAACUGAGAUUGGUGCCGGUGACUCUGCUCCUCGUCACGGUGGUCGCAACAGCAAUGAAAGUCGUCCACAACGUCAGCAACAUCAUCGACAACAAGAGCGCAGAGAGGAGAAAAUGAUGACCCCGCCAGCCACUCCAGCGGCAAAAAGCAACGAGGAA